CACUUUGGAGCCGUCUCUAUAUCCUCGGAUCCGGAGGGGCGGUAUCCAAGCGCAAUGCCGUCGAAACUGCCUAGAAGGGACUAGGCGUACAGCGGGCAGAUAGCGCAAACGGUUCCAUGAGUGGUCUCGUGGAGUUGAAGGAGAAUUCGCUGGAGGGACUUCGCCAACCCUCAUAUGCUGCUUACCCGCUCGAAGGCGUGACUGUUCUCACCGAGGUAGCCGUGCGCCGAGUGACCUUCACCGAAAAGAAGGCCACUGGCGUGGAGCUGGAGGACAACCGGGUCGCCAAAGCAACAAAGGAAGUUAUUCUUUGCGCUGGUGCAUAUCGCACUCCACAAAUAUUGCUGCUAUCUGGCAUCGGAGCUCCUGAGGUCCUCUCCCAUGAUAUUCCAGUAAUUCAGGCCUCACCAGGGGUUGGAAGGAACCUCUUCGACCACUUCGCGAUAUACAUGGCUUUUCGCCUGCGCGACCCAUCUCAAAAUCUCGCUCUCGGAAGCCCCGGGUGGACGCAUCCCUCUCUUUUCAAAGGGUUGCCGUACAACUGGGUCGUCAGCGAACCGCUGCCGGAGAAGUCGUUCGAAAAGCUUACGGGGGAAUCGGACCUACUGGAGCGGAAUCUCUUCGAAGUGCUUACGGUUUACGUUCCGCCCGGUAUUCCAGGUAUACCUGUCGACGGGGCCCAUAUCGCGACGUCGACGAUGCUCCUGCUUCCAACCUCGCGCGGAACCGUGUCUCUUAGAUCGUCUUCACCGGGUGAUCCACCAAAGAUUCAGUCAAACUAUCUUUCUACGGAAAUCGAUCGCGAAGUGCUUAUGCAGGCUGCUCGUCGCACGCUCAAGGGCGAUGCUUGGAACCGAGGGCGUGAAACGAUACAUCGAAAGCGAAACACCUUCUGGACACGGGCUGGACUGUCUGACACCUCUCACGGCUAGCGUCACGGAUAAGGUGCUACGAGAGCGAGUUGAACGCUCGGGAAUGCAGCGUCACCACUCGGGCGGCGCGGCGGCUAUGGGGACUGUGGUCGAUGCGGAGGGCGGGGUGUUCGGCGUUAG